AUGGACACAAUAGAAGAAAGGGUCACCGCAGCAUUGCAAUCGUCCCCUUUUUCUACAUCAGGCCCACUACCCACAACAACCUUACAGCUCCAGUUCCUGCCUCACCCUUAUCCGGAUUUUUCGUAUUCACCCUGGUUCUUCUACUCCUCUUCUUCCUCCGUCCCUCAGUGGCAAGGGAACGUUAGCGGUUCUUGCGAUAUUGCAGCGUUGUUAAUCAUACGGCUUUUAUGGCAGUCUACGCUUGUUCAUACACGCCCAUCCGUUACCACAUCGACCACAUUCUCAUCCUUAACCUCCUAUUUCCUUUCUUCUGACCUUAGUUCUACUCAUGUUCAAUUCUUCUGGCUUUCAAUCUCUCUUGCCAUUUCAUUUGCUUCGUUUUUCUCCUUAUUUUCUCGUUGUCUUUCUUUCAUUCUAUCGUUUCCCUAUUCCUCUUCCCCAGUCUACGCAUUCAGUCAGCUCUUUUUAACUUGUUCAUCAUCUCAAUUUUACCUUCUCUUGUUUUUCGUUUUGAUAAUUCUGUUCAUCAAUAAUGGCCAACCCACUCCAUCGCAUUAUCUUUUUCUAUGUCUUAAUUUUUUCUUUGCUUACUUUCUUUCAUUUCUUUCUCUCACUUUCCAACUCUCUUUCUUUCUUUUCUUUCUUUCUUUCUUUUUUCUUUCUUUCUUUCUUUCUUUCUCCAUCGCUUUUUCUAUUGUCUUUCUUCCGUUCUUUCUCUUUAUCGCUUCCACUUUUCUUUCUUUCUUUUUUUCUUUCUUUCUUUCUUUCUUUCUUACCCACAUUUUAAUUUUUGUUUUCUUACUUUACUGUUUCCUUCUUUUCCCACAUUUUUCUCUCUUUCCUUCCUUUAUCUUUUUUCUUUGUUUUCAACUUAAUUUUUCUCUGCCUUCUUUCUUUCUCUCUCACUCACUCUCACAUUUUAUCUUUCUUUCUCUCUCACUCACUCUCACAGUUUAUCUUGUUUUGACGCUAACUUCCUUCACUUCUUAUUUUUUCUCCUUUGCCGCUGUCCUGCCCCCCCCUUUUUUUAAAAUACGUUCAUUUCUUUACAUCUUUCUUUUUGUUAUAAUUCUUAUGUCAAUAACUCUUCUUUUUCUUUCUAUUUUCAUCUUUCUCGUAUUUCCAGCCUCAUUCCUCUUCUUCCUUUUAUUUCAAACUUUUGUCCAUCUGUUACUGUCCUCUCACUUGUUCAAUUUCGACCCCCAUUCUUCUUUUUCUUCUUCUCAUUCUCAUACUCCUGUUUACAUCAUUUUGUUUAUAUUUCCAUUGUCUUCAUCUUUUAUUAAUAGCAUUUUUAUUUUCAUUUUCAUUGUUCUGUUUUCAAACCUACUUUUUAUUUGCUUUUAUCCCAUUUUUCAUUGCCUUUUUUCUUUAUCUCUAUCGCUUUCUUCCACCUAUUUUCAUUAUCUUUUUUUUUUUACUUCUAUACCUUUCCACACCCUUUUGUCACUUUCUUUUUUUUUUCUGUCUUUCUUACCCUCAUUUCAUUGGGGUUUUUUUAUCUUUAUUUCCAUACCUUUCUUUCCUACUUUUUAUUCUCUUUUUUAUUUCUAUCCUUUUCUACAUCUUUUUUCAUUCUGUUUUCUUAAUUUCUAUCCCUUUCUUACCCCUCUUUUUAUCGUCUUUUCCCUUUAUUUUCUACCCCUUUCUUCCUCUUUUUCGUUCUUAUUUGUUUAUUACUAUCCCUUUCUUCCUCUUUUUCGUUCUUUUUCCUUUAUUUCUACCCCUUUCUUGCUCUUUUUCGUUCUUAUUUGUUUAUUUCUAUCCCUUUCUCCUCCCCUCUUUCCAUUGUCUUUUUUGUUUAUUUCUAUUCCUUUCAACCCCCUAUUUUCAUUCUCUUUUUUUAUUUCUACCCCUUUCUUCCUCUUUUUCGUUCUUAUUUGUUUAUUUCUAUCCCUUUCUUCCACCUAUUUUCAUUGUCUUUUUUUCUUAAUUUCUAUCUGUUUCUUUCCGCUAUUUUCAUUUCUUUUUUUUUAUUUCUCUCCCUUUCUUCCUCCUCACUUCAUUGUCUUUUUCUUAAUUUCUAUCCCUUUUUCCUACUUUUUUUCUUUGUCUUUUUUCUUUAUUUCUAUCCCUUUCUUCCCCCCUGUUGUCAUUGUCUUUUUACUUUUUUUCUAUUUCUUUCUCCCCUCUCUUUUAUUUAUCUUUUUCUUUAUUUCUAUCCCUUUCUUCCCCCCUGUUGUCAUUGUGUUUUUACUUUCUUUCUAUUUCUGUCUCCCCUCUCUUUUAUUUAUCUUUUUCUUUAUUUCUAUCCCUUUCUUCUUUUUGUUUUGA